AAGUGAGUGCAUGUUUAUUGCAGUGUCUUUGGGAGUCUUAAUGCUGAAGCAGUGACUUUUCUUCCCCUGGCUAAAAUCAAUGGAGUCAGCAAACUUCAGUCUCUGGCCUGUCAAUAGAGUGAUUGCAAUCACACUGUCACUAUCACUGAUGCAGAGAAACCCACAUAGAUUUCCCUUGACAGCUUUCACUUUCUAAUGUCAGACCAGCGAGUUUUGGAGAGAAAGGCUCAAAAAGACCCUGAAGACCGGUGUGUCUUGGAGAGAAUUUUCAGGCAGCGAUGUCAUUACGUCACUGCUGGAACGGAGGAACCGGUGCGCUGCACUGGCAUCAUCAUCAGCUACAGCGCAGCGGCAGAGCGGUAGGAGCGGCAGAGGUGGGACUCUCUCUCUCUCAUCACCAGUGACCCCUUUAGAUUCUACAUGUAAACACGGAUCAUUGGGGGAAUUCUAGAAGCCAAAACUCGACCUCAGACAGCAGCAUAACUCCCUGGCGAGUCUCCCAGUCAGCGGAAACCGGCAACAAUGUCUUCAUCUGUUAGCGAAACAGAGGAGGUGCGCGUCUCGGCGCUGACGCCUUUGAAGUUGGUGGGACUGGUGUGCGUGUUCCUGGCGCUGUGCUUGGACGUUGGAGCCGUGAUGAGCCCGGCAUGGGUGACCGCUGACGACCAGUACUGCUUCUCACUGUGGGAGGCGUGCUGGAAAGCAGCUUCGUCUGAGAUCUGGCAGUGCAACAGCACGCUGGAGUCAGACUGGCAGAUCGCCACCCUGUCCUUGUUGCUAGGUGGAGCUGCUCUGGUCCUGCUCUCCUUCCUGGUGGUCCUGGUGUCCGUGUGUAUCGGCUCUCGGAGACGCUUCAACAGACCGGUCGCUGUCAUGCUGUUCGCUGCAGUGGUGUUGCAGGGCUGCAGUCUGGUCCUCUACCCCAUCAAGUUCACUGAGACCAUCAGCAUGAGCAUAUACCACGAGUUCAACUGGGGUUACGGCCUGGCCUGGGGUGCUACCAUUUUCUCCUUCGGCGGGGGGAUCCUCUACUGCCUCAACCCUAAGAACUAUGAAGACUACUACUGACCCUGCUGGACUGUACCACUGUGCCCCCUCCCCUCUGUAGUCGCUGGCUGUCAUACAUAUCCUAUACUGUAUAAUGCUAAUGCUCGCUAGAGAGACAGGUAGACACAGAGACACAGAGAGAUGCGCACACACACACACACACACACACACACACACACACACACACACACACACACACACACACACACACACACACACACACACACACACACACACACACACACACACACACACACACACACACACACACACACACGUCAGCAUACAGUAUUUCCUGGGGAAGCAGGCAGCGGCUCAGUGCUGGGGUGGAUGGAUGAUGUCACAGUAUGUAGUACCCUGCUCUGUACUCCCUCUUCAGUCAGAGACUAACAGAUAACAGACUGACCAAUCAGAUCACUCUAUCUGUCCUCAAACCCUGGGACAAGGACUCACUGAAGCACUGUUACCGACCAAGUAUUACUUACAAGGCCGUAGGGAUAAGGAUGAGGCUAAGCUCGGCAAACCCAGAAGGAGAAUCUGGUGCCAGCUACCAUUUAUGUUACGUAGUCUGUCCAUGAGAGAUUAGGAUGAGGCUGCCUGGAAACAGACUUGUCUUCUCACUGGUAGGCAGAGACAGACUGGGAUGACCAACACUGGUAGGCAGAGACAGACUGGGAUGACCAACACUGGUAGGCAGAAACAGACUGGGAUGACCAACACUGGUAGGCAGAGACAGACUGGGAUGACCAACACUGGUAGGCAGAGACAGACUGGGAUGACCAACACUGGUAGGCAGAGACAGACUGGGAUGGCCCACAGGACACCAAUGCCACUGUCGUCUACAGUAUAUCUCCAUGGAAGUAUGAACCCCCAUAUCUAGCUAUAGUUGGGGUCAAUUCCAUUUCAAUUCCAGUCAAUUCAGGAAGUUCCAUUUGUCUCCAAUACUUUUCAAUGAGGAAUUGGAGUUUGGUUUACUUUCUGAAAUGAUUGGAAUUGAAAUGGAAUUGACCCCAACCCUGGUAAAGAGGAGGUUUGGUACGUCCCAAUACCCCCAA